CUGAAGACAAAAGUUCUCUGCAAAAGCCUGCACAGGGCGAUGUGUGCAGCUAUCUGUUAGGAGGAGGGAGAGACGGGUUUCCCUUUGUUAAAAGACUUCUGCACCUGUUGGUACGCUGUCAUUAUUUUCAGCUGAAGACCUGCUAAGUCCUGGAUCUCUCUGCUGACUCUCAACCGCAGAAAGCGUCAUAUUUCAAAAAUCUGUGAAGUUUGGACAAGCAGCCAUCCCAAGAUGUACCAAAUAUCUCAACUGAUGUCAACACCAGUAGCAAGUAAAUAUUCUGCCCAGUCAGAGAAAGAAUAUGCUGUAGAGCCGUCUCCCCGAUGCAUUCUCCCAAGCUCUGUCUGUGAUUUCCUCGAUGGUGACAGUCCCUUUGAGGGCCGCUCUGGAGAUCCCCUGACGGGCUCCCCGGUCACCUGUCGACGAAGUCCCAGACUACUCACCAACGGCUACUACAUCUGGACCGAAGACAGUUUUCUCUGCGACGAAGGUGGCAACAUAACCCUGAGCCCCUCCCAGACCAGGGUUCUCUACAAGGAGAACUUAGUCAGAAUAUUUAGAAAGAAAAGGAGAAUCCGCCGUUCUUUUUCUUCUCUCUUCAACCUCAGUGCCUCUGAUUCCUGGCUGCAUGAAAGCAUCUUUGAUGAUGUUGACUCUUCCCCCAGUGAGGAUGUCUGGUUGGAGGGGGUCAGGAGGUUGGAAACAAACUACUGCAAAGAAAAUGGUAAGUUUGAACCUCUUUUUUCCAUG